AAUGAAGAUACAGAAUGGAAUGAAAUAUUAAGAAAUUUUGGCAUUCUUCCUCCAAAAGAAGAACCAAAAGAUGAAAUCGAAGAGAUGGUGCUACGCUUACAGGAGGCGGCAAUGGUUAAACCGUAUGAGAAGAUGACCCUUGCACAGUUGAAAGAAGCUGAGGAUGAAUUUGAUGAAGAAGACAUAAAAGCUAUUGAAAUAUAUAGAGAAAAACGGUUACAGGAAUGGAAAGCACUUAAGAAGAAACAAAAAUUUGGGGAAUUGAGAGAAAUUUCUGGAAAUCAGUAUGUGAAUGAAGUUACAAAUGCAGAAAAGGAUUUGUGGGUUGUAAUUCAUCUGUACCGAUCAAGCGUCUCCAUGUGCUUGUUGGUUAACCAGCAUCUUAGCCUCCUAGCAAGAAAGUUCCCAGAAACUAAAUUUCUUAAAGCCAUCGUGAAUAGCUGCAUUGAACACUACCAUGACAACUGUUUACCAACAAUUUUUGUUUAUAAAAAUGGUCAGAUAGAAGGCAAAUUCAUUGGAAUUAUAGAAUGUGGAGGGAUAAAUCUCAAGCUAGAAGAACUUGAAUGGAAACUAUCAGAAGUUGGUGCAAUACAGACUGACUUGGAAGAAAACCCCAAAAAAGGCAUUGCAGAUAUGAUGGUGUCUUCAAUUAGAAACAUUUCCAUUUAUGACAGUGACAGCUCCAACAGUGAUAAUGAUGCCAAGUAG